AUGUCUCUGGGCCACAGCCUGCAGCUGGCUUCUCUCCAUGUGUUUGUUUGUCUGCUGGGACUAGUUGUCCUCUGUCACUCUACGUGCUUCUUCGAGGGGUUAGUGCUGAAAGAUCUGAAUAACCCUCCAAAAGGGUGUGUGGAUAAGGAUGGAAAGCAACAUGAUUUUGGCUCUGAAUGGGUGAGAGACUGCAUUGAGUGCUCCUGUACAAAGGAAGGCUUGAGCUGCUGUAACAAGAUCCCUGAUGCAGACACAGUAGAUAUCCCUGAGAACUGUGAGCUGCUGGUGAAUAAGGAGGCCUGCUCUGCCAAGGUGGUGUUGAAGUCAGACAAGUCAAAAGAAUGUAAUCCUUUAUGA